UCCAUCACCUCUGGGCUGUUGACCUACUCUCUUUCCGCAGACAGAGAGACAGACUCCCCCCGUAUCAUUGGGGGCUAUGUUAUGGCCCCUCACUCCUCCAAGUACCUGGUGUCUCUGAAGAGAAAAACGGGUUUCCAUUUCUGUGGCGGGGCGCUGGUCAGUCGCAGCUGGGUCUUGACUGCUGCUCACUGCAAAACUGGAAUUAGCCAGAUGCUCAUUGUGGCUGGAGAAUAUUCGCUUUCUACUUUUGAAGGCACAGAGCAGAUCUUCCGGCCUGCCCGCCUGGUGGUCCACCCAGACUACAGUGCCAGCUCGAAAAACGCUGACAUCAUGUUGAUUAAGCUGAGCCGGCCAGUGGUCUACAGCCCCUUUGUCUCCAUUGUGCCGGUCCCUCGGCAAGGGGCCAAGGUUCGGGCUGGCCACCUCUGCCAGGUCUCUGGCUGGGGCUACACCACGCCAGUCGGGGGCAGGGCGUCGGACACCCUUCGCAGCGUCCACCUGCCCCUCGUCUCGACAUGCCAGUGCAACAGCUCCGCGUCAUACGCUGGGUACAUCACCAAGAACAUGAUCUGCGCCGGAUUUGGCAGUGGUGGGAAAGACGCCUGCCAGGGUGACUCCGGGGGGCCGCUGGUGUGCGACGGGCGUGUGUUCGGCAUUGUUUCCUGGGGGCACAGCUGUGCCAGCCCCGGAUAUCCCGGCGUCUACACAGCAGUGGCCAACUUCCAGAAAUGGAUCUACAAGACAAUUUUGAUGAAAUAACGGGUGCUUUUCUUUUUUUUUUUUUUGUGGUAUGCAUAUAUGAUGA